AUGAACAGCGACUUCCACGUUACCAUUGUCGGCGCAGGCAUUGGUGGCCUCGCCCUGGCAAUGGCGCUGCACAAGAAAUGUGUUCCCUUCACCCUUUACGAGGACGCCAAGGAGUUUUCAGCUGUAGGGUAUGUUCUCAUCACUAUGUCCCUCACCUAUGCUUCCUGCAAAGACCAAGCAUGGUACGGCAAGUCAGCUUGGGGCCAUCCUGAUUUCGAGCGCAAGUCUGCGCAUCGCAAGACGCUGCUUGACAUCAUGACCAGCUUCAUCCCACGACAAAAUGUCAAGUUUAACAAGCGCCUCGUCAACAUUGAACAGCUGCCAACCAAACUUGUCCUUACCUUUGCCGAUGGAGAAGUCGAAGAAGCGAGCAUUCUUGCUGGCGCCGACGGCAUCAAGAGCACAGUCCGCGAGCAUGUCCUGAAGCCGCAAUUUCCGGACCAAGUAGCGCCAGUCUACGCUGAUGCGUAUUGCUACCGUGCUGUCGUUCCAAUGGCUGAUGCCGAAGCUAUUCUAGGAGAUUUGACCGACGUUGCGAAAUUCUACUUUGGCCACAAGCGCUGCGCAGUAACGUACCGUAUAUCAGAGGGAAAGGUAAGUCAGGACCCAUAUCCAAGACCAAAGAAAUAUCCCCAUACUUAUCGCUUCCUUUUGCAGGAGUUCAACUACCUUUUGUGUGUCACAGAUGAGCAAGGCUGGGACCUGGACAACGCUGUGACAGAGAAGGUCUCACAUGAAGCCAUGAUGGCUGAUUUCGAGGGACCAGGCGUCGAUGACCGCUUCCGCCAGCUUUUGGCCAAGGCAAAUCCAAUUCGAUGGGGCUUCUUCCACCACUUGAGGACUUCGACAUAUUACCGAGGCCGUGUGGCUCUUCUAGGUGAUAGCGCACAUGCGUCAUUGCCAUUUCAGGCAGCGGGCGCUGCUCAAGGCGUCGAGGACGCUCUGGUCCUUUCGAAUAUAUUGUCAGAGAUUGCCAAGUCAUCGCGACAAGAAGCAGAUAGCGACGCAGACAUCGUUGCUGGUCUCAGCGCGUACGACUCAGUACGCAGGCCACGCGCCCAGAAGCAACUGGAGCAGGCAGCUGAGGUUGCCCGUAUGCUAUUCUUCCAACACGAAGAAGCAGGAGACGACAUGAGCAAGAUCUUGCCUCGCCUUCAGCAGGGUCGAUUUGAUUGGCUAUGGUUUCACGACGUGCAGGGUGACGUUGACAAAGCCUUGUCGAGAAUGCAAAAGCCGGACCUGGCGUAG